AGCAGACGGCAAUCGAUAGACCUUCGAUAGACACCGGCAAAGUGUAAACUACAAACCAAACUCCUUUGAUAUUGUCAAUAUUUGAUGUAAAGGCGCAGUGGACGAGUCCUAGCGUGGAAAGAUGGCCCAAACGAGCUCCAUGAAGCUGCUGGGCGCUCGCAACAUGUCCUGCAUUGUGGAGCGCAUGGAGUGGAAUAACAAGAUGGAUCUGAUUGCCUACGGAACGGAGAAGGGCGAGGUGGUCAUCCAGCGACUGAACUGGCAGAAGAUCGUUACCUUUCCCACGCCUGGCGAGGACGUGCGGGUGCGCUCCCUAAGCUGGCAAAUGGACGAGACACUCCUAGCCGUCGGCUACAGCAACGGAAAGGUGGCGCUAUUGGACGCGGAGAGUGAGACGAUCAUCUCAGGCCUGAUUUACGAGGAUGACAUCAAGAAGGUCUUCUUCAGCAAGGCGAUCAACUCGCAGGAGAACCUAGGUACCUACACCUGCAAUGCGAAGGACAAGCACAGAAAGUACCUUCCCAAACUUCAGCCACUGACCAAUAUUGAUCCCUGCCUGAAAACACUGGACCAGAAGUCUUUUCCGAAGGGAUCGCCUUGCUUUCUGGUGGUGAUAAUGCGCAGUGGCAAGGUGCACCUCCUGCUCCUCGGUGCCCUGCAGGCGGGAAGCAUUGAUCUCACCCAGCACAUCUUACAUCCUGAGCAGUUCGAUGUGUAUGAUGUGCGGCUGAACGGAGACUUUAAUGCCAUUUAUGCUCUUUUGAGGGACGGCCAGGAGUUAAAGAUGUUGCACUUUCACAAUCAGGUGCUGCAAGAGUGCAUGGCACCGAUGCUGGAACUGGCCACCCAUUGUGCCCACAUUCUGGAAACGAAAAACUACAUAAAUGACACGCAGCAAUGUUUGACAGAAGCCUGGGAGACCGUGCAGCUGGAGAUGGAUAACAAGCUGACCAAGUACGCCAACUCCCAGCCAUACGGACUGAUUUCUGCUCACUUCCUGGAGCUGCACGUAUUCGGAUUCGCUACCUUUGAGGUAGAGGAGUUUCUGUUCGAAACUCUGUCCGAGAAGGGCUUUAAGAAGAUUGCCAACUCGGUGGACCUCAGUCUGAGCAACCUACAGGGCUUGGUGUUCAAGCAGCUAAACGGAUCGGCCAUCAACAUGUUCUAUUUCCUCAACACGAUCGCGGGUUUCGGUCGCAUGUCGCACUUUUUCGAGUCGCUCAUCUCUCCUGAUGUGGCCAACGAGGCUAUGAGGGCAUGUGGAGCCUUUGUUCUGAAAGUCUACGAAUUGCAGCGAACGAUCGACACUUUGGUGUACGACAUGAAGCUCUUCCACGCCUGGAUGAUAUUCACGAUACUCCGCCUGUCCCAUCAGGAGAUUCCCGAUGAUCUAGUGCUUACCGAGGAGGAGAACAUUGCAAUGGCCGACUUCCUGUGCGCCAUGGAACCUGAAAUGGAAGAUCGCAGCGACGAUGAAGACGAAGUAGACCCCCUUUCCGCCACGCCCCCACCGGCUCGCAGUAAAUUCAACUUGGAGCGAGUGGGUCAGUAUCUGGACAAUGCGUACUUGACCCAGCCGUGCCCCAAGGAUCCCAGCCAGGUGUGGGAGGAGAUGGUGGCCGAGAACGAUUGCCUUAGUCACUGCAAGUUGUUUGUGCCUCACGACAAAAAUCUGUCCCUCGUCCAGCAGCGCGACAAGAUGUUCAAUGCAAUCGACGCGGUGUUCCACAAACCAACGGAGAGCAUUAGCGGUAGUUUUAAGCUUGCCUCGGCCGUCAUAUGCGGUGACCUGCCGCCCAUGGAGCCCGGCGAAGGGUUGGAGGAUCGGGAAUUUGUGACCUGCAGCUACUAUGUCAAUGAAGCAGCUAGGAGUGAUAUGCUGGCGUGCACCAUCAGCUGGCAGGAGGCCAUGAUCCUGGAGGUUAGUCGAGCGGGCGAUUGUCUUGUGCGCUGCACUAGGAUACAACUGCAACCGGGAAUCUUCACGUCACCCGUUCACGAGGACUACUACAACCUGCGCUUUGUCGACCUUCAGUUCUACAAUGAGUCGUCGCUUUCAAUGCUGGCCCAGACAACGACAUCAAAUCCCGGCGUCCGUCCGCAUAGUUACUUUGUACAGUUCUCACUGAGUGCGGCGAGGAAUCAGUGCACCCAGCACCAAAUGGGUCCGCUGGUGAAGCUUAAGGAUGCCACUGUGACGCACAGCAUCCAUGACAUAAUCGAUGGAGCCGCCUUCAAAGGAUUGGACGGGGUGUGCGAGAUGCUAGCCGUGUCAGGCAGCAGAAAAGUAGCCACCGUUCUCUCCGAUCGCAAACGCAAGAUGACCAUAUUCGAGAUGGAAAUCGAGGAGGAAGAGGACGAUACCGAAAUGUCGCAGGCCUCGUUCCUGGAGAUCAGCAAGGAAUCUGUCCUGGCCGGCGUCGCUGAUUCCGAGAAACCAGAUGCGUAGUUUCAAAAGCUUCUCGUUAUUACCAUGAUUGUUGAGUAUUGCGGCUUUUUGUCUUGCAUCUAUAAAAUUAAAAUUCAUUACAAUGUAUUUAGCGUGUGAUAAUUUAAGAUCGUGGAACUUAAAUUAUUUUAAUAAUAAAACAUUUAA